AUGGAGUAUGAUGAAUUUUUGACUUUGGAUCAUGUAUUCGACUCGAUGACACAAAGGAAAAUUAUGCUGUUAAAUCCAUAUGUCAUUCGAAUAGUGCAAAUGAAUCCAUUGCAAACAUAUCGUUUAUUUUUUACUCAGGUAGUUAAUGGAGAAGUUACAGAAGAAACAAUUUCUAAGACGGACCCUAUUUUUCCAGGGUGUAUCGAUAUGGAUGCUCUUCUAUCGACUAGUCGAAUAACUUACACAAAAAAUGAUAAAGCUAAAGAUACUUCAAAAAAUCUACCUUGUGGAAGUGAUAUAUUUAUGGAUUCUCAUUCUACAGGUUUUUGUUGCACCUGUGAUCAAGAUGGUCUACCAACCGGUUCGGAUUCGCCGAAGCCAAAUAUAAAUCUAACAUCUUCAACCCCACCGACUAAACCAACUAAGAAGAUGCAUACAGAAAAUGUUAUGAUACAUGAAACAACUACAACUCAUUGUAAUAAUACUCCUCCUGCAAUUAAACCUGCUGUUGCUCCUUUUCCUACUACUAUCGAGACCUUGACUGAAAUUACCCCAUGUAGUAGCAAAACCGAUCCGGAAAUUAUUAAAUCAGAAAUGCUAAAGAAGAUUUCCUUAACCGUCACUCAGAGAUCUAAAAAAAUUAAUGAUGCUACUGAAAUCAUUGCGGUUUCGAUCGGAGAAAUGAUCGACGUAAUUCCUUUGCCCAACGUAACAAGUCACGGCAAUUUAACUAAGAAAACUACGCCAAAUCCCAAUAAAGAUGUUGGCGAAGAAUAUUGCAUAGAUUUCGAGGAAGAUAACUUGAUGAAUACGAGCCAGCAGAAUGCAGAUCGUGGUUUUAACGAAGCCAAAUCCACUCAUUAUCCUUACAAUAGUAAGAACUUUGACGCACAACAUUCAUCUGAUAAUCUUUUAUAUAAUAACCCGUCUACAAUACCAUAUUCAAAUCAAUUUGACAAAACGAGUUUUCAAACUGAAAUCAACGUUAAAAAUUUUUUUACCAAAUAUGGCAUUGGCAAAGGUCACCAGAUAGUAAAUGACACUAAACAUGCUUUUUAUUACACAGAUAACGAUGCUAAUUAUAAAAGUGGUACUACUCCUAAUAUAAUAGACGAGCGUGAACCUAAUGAUGAUGCUCUACCUGAUAACCAUCCAAAAGUGAUAAAUCCCAACAAAACCAAAUCAGUACACCAUCUUAGAAAAUAUAUUGAAAGUAAUGCAAUUGUUGGAAAUCAAGCAGCUCAAGAUAAAUCAGGUAAUGUAAAAAAAGGUAACGUAAUUGAACAUGACUCAACAAAAGUUUCUAUAAAAGAUAAAUUCAAACAAUGGUUGAAGGAUGAAACUAAGAAUAUGGGUAGAAUAGAGGACGUGAUAUCUGCCAUUGACAGACAAAAUAAAAUAAAAAAUCAGAACCAUAUGUUGACUUUUUAUGAAACACUUCAAACAAAUAAACCUAGUAGAAUAGUUUUAAAAAAAAUAAAAAAUAAAUAUGAUUUGAAAGGCAGCACUGAGCCGCGUAUGCAUAAGGAAUACUCAGAUGAAAUAUUUGUAUCUAUUAAAAAGCACAAUAAAAGUAAUGUAAGUAUAACUCCAAAAUACCAUAAAGAAAAUAAAAUUAAAAUUGAAGCUGAAAGCCACAACUACGAUUCGCCACAAACGAGUAAAGAAAUUGAAACUUUCGUAACAAAAAAGAACCAAGAUCAAUACAAAAAUAUAAAAUCUCAUUUGUUUCAUGAGAUGGAAAACCCCCAUCGCUCAGGCAAAGAUUUUUGUAAAAUUGCAGAAUCCCCAAAUAAGACAUUGUUUACAUCAAUCGACAUUGAUACAAAUUGGGAAAUUAAUGAAACCAAAGAUAAUAUAAACAUCAAACCAAUAAGACGAUCUAAAAGGCACUCUGUGCAAAAAUUAAAAAGUAGGACAGACAAAAGUUCCCAAAAUUUACGAAGAAAACGAAUGACGCACCAAGAUAAUCAUUCUAGUAUCAUUUCAAAUAAAGAUAUAUCUACUGAAGAAAAAAUUCAUGUAAUCAAUAUUAUGACGGGAAAUAAUAAUAUUACAUCUCAAGAUUUUUCUAAUCAUACCGAAUCCUACGAUUCCCGUCUCUUAAGAAAACGCCAAGAUCCAUUUGAAUGCGGAGUGCAGGAUACAGCUGAUUGUAUGAAAUUUCAUAAUCUUUGGUAUUCAGUUUAUGGUAUAGGUACGCCUAAACUGAAUCAAAAUGUAGCUAUCCAAGUGUUUGAAAGAGUUACUUUGCAAGGAUGCAAUGACAAGUAUGUCGCUAUGUCCGAAGAACCAAUUGUCAUAAGUACCAUUGACAAAAAUUCAGUAGUUACACAAAGUAUUACAGUAACAUAUACAUUAUUAACGAAAAUAGACAUACACAAUAUACCAAAAAGGAGUUAUUUGCAGAGCAGAGCUAUACAUAAAAGAAAAGAAAAAAAUAGAACUUUCAAUCCCAAUCUAGAUAUACCAAAAUAUUAUUUAGAUCCAUCAGUUCAUAAAUUAUUAGUUCCACAACCAGUUCCCCUAAGAAAGAUGGGGCUUUAUCCUCCUAUUCGUGGUGGACCUGCUGAAUAUCUAGUCGUGGAUUCAACCUUAAUUGGACCUGAAUGCCAAAAAGCUGGUGUAAGUUUUCGAUCUUUUGCACAAGCACGAGGAAAGCAUAAAAUAAACAGAAAGGGUUGUUUGAUAAACCAACCACUUCAAUUUUGGAAACACGAUAAAGAUUUUGAGAAGAGUAAUAAAACUGGAAAAUAUUUUUUAAAGUACUUUGGAUAUCUUGCAGGACAGAAUACGUUCACAAAUACUACAUUGAACUUAAAAUUUACGGGCGCUCUCCAAUAUUCUUUAAACGGCGAUGUUCGAGCUGAUUUUAAUGGCAUUAUACGUGUAGGGACAUCAAACCUGAUUUCUCAGAUACUAGUAGAUGCUUCAUGUCCUUUGGUUACUGUUUUAUCCGUAACUGUUUACAACCUUGGCCUGUCAUCCGCUUCUUACCGAAUGCGCGUAACAGACUGCGGUCCUGGAUUACCUUAUUUGUGGAGUAACUUAGAGAGUACUUGUUUCUUAAUUCCUCCUCAGAAGAGUCACAAAUUUACAGUUCGUGUACCUGGACCGGCCCACAGCAAGGUUCCAGGAACCUUGUUCUGUUCCGUUGAAAUACUCAACGCCAGGAGAGAAAUUGUGUCAGCACGUAGAAUGAAAAUUUUACAAAUGGCCAGGUGUUUCUGUGAGUGGCACUGCCUUUGUGUUUGCGUCAUGAAUGUAGGUGCUUUGCCAAAAGUUAGGGCAUUAAGGUGCGAAGAUAUGUCCCCGAGCCACAUGCAUAUAUGUGGGAUGGAAGGUUUACCAUCUGAACAAUACAUGACACGAUUUUUAGCUAUGCAAUAUAUUAUAUUAGAUGUCAUUAUAUUUAUUUCAACUAUACUGUUGAUACUGUUAAUUUUAGGCUUGGCUAAGGCUAUUAUAGGUUUCAUUUGUUGUUCAGAAGUUGGUGCUUGGGGUAUAGAUAUGAUACGCAGCAAACCUAAACCUAUGACUGAAUAUUUAGAAGAAAAAUUUAAGUCUAGAGUUGUCAAGUACAACACUAGGGGAUAUCCUGUGCAUCCUGACACUAGAAAACGAACAAUUCGCACAUUUUCGCAUACAGGUCAAUUUUUACUCAAUCUAAUAUUUUUUAUAAUUUACCCUUUUAUUGGUCUGUGCUGUCAUAUAAGGCAUUGGAUGUGCAACAGAGCUGUACAAGAAUGCGAAACAGAAUGUUGGGAAAAUCGUAUAACUACAAGAGAACCAUCAUGGAGUUGUGAUAAAGACGAGGAUGAUGAACUGCAAAGAUUACUCGAAAAUAAUGAUGUGGAUUGUGACACGAGUGGCAGGCUACGAGGUGCAGGGUAUGAUGAAAACAAGCGUCUUGAGUAUCAAAAAAAGAAAGAAGAAAUUCGAGCAGAGAAGACGGUCAUGCUGCAAUUGAAAAAAAGCCAUGAAACCUUGCUAGAAAAUGGAAUUGAUGUACUAUGUCGUAGCUCCGGUGUUAACCUGAAUAACAUGGUAAAACAGAAGGUCAAUAAGAAAGAAAUGAAUGAUGCUCAAUAUCUGAUUAACUCUAUGUUAGAAACCAGAGUAGUUUAUCGAACAUUGAAAAAAAGUCUCGGAGGUGCUUUAGUAGCAAAAAACAAAGUUUAUUGCGUCCGCGGGUACUUUUUACGUACAUUAAUAGGACUAACGUUUAUUACACCCACUCCGAUGCUUCAACACUGGGAAAUUCUAUCAAAUGGUAAACUUCGCCAAUUGAUUCCUCCGAGAGUUUUAAUGUCUCCAGAAUUUACAUCUGAAUACAAAAACGGUUUGCAGGUUAUUCGAAGUGGUGAUCUGUCUUUAUCACCUUUAUUUUCGUGUAUAAAUUCCAAGAACCAAAUUAAGCCAAAACAAAAGCGAUCAAAAAAAUAA